AUGAUAGUGACAUUGAUGAACUUUCUACGGGCGUGUUGGAGACCUUCAUCCAACCGGCAUGCCCGGACAGGCUCAGAUGCUACCGGUAGGCAGGAUGGACUUCUAUGGUACAAGGACACUGGGGAGCAUGUAAAUGGCGACUUCUCCAUGGCUGUUGUCCAGGCCAAUAACCUACUUGAGGACCAGUGUCAGAUUGAGUCGGGUCCGUUGAGCUUUCUCGACUCUGGUCCAUACGGCACUUUCGUCGGGGUUUACGAUGGGCACGGUGGACCAGAGACAGCUUGCUACAUCAACGAUAACCUCUUCAACCAUCUUAAAAGGUUCGCUUCGGAACAGAAUGCAAUGUCUGCUGAUGUACUGAAGAAAGCAUAUGAAGCUACAGAAGAUGGAUUCUUCUCUAUCGUCACCAAGCAAUGGCCUGUCAAGCCUCAAAUAGCGGCUGUUGGCUCAUGCUGUCUGGUUGGUGUUAUCUGUGGUGGCAUGCUUUAUGUUGCGAAUGUUGGGGAUUCUCGUGCUGUUUUAGGAAAACAUGUUAAAGCCACUGGAGAAGUGUUGGCUGUCCAACUGUCAGCAGAACAUAAUGUCAGCAUUGAGUCAGUGAGAAAAGAAUUGCAGUCAAUGCACCCUGAAGAUAGGCAUGUUGUUGUUCUCAAGCACAGUGUUUGGCGUGUAAAAGGCCUAAUUCAGGUCUGCAGAUCGAUCGGUGAUGCCUAUCUGAAAAAACAAGAGUUCAAUCGGGAACCUCUGUAUGCAAAAUUCCGUCUUCGUGAACCUUUUAACAGGCCCAUACUAAGUUCAGAACCAUCUAUUUGCGUUCAACCUAUACAGCCACAUGAUGAGUUUCUCAUAUUUGCAUCUGAUGGACUUUGGGAGCACUUAACCAACCAGGAGGCUGUUGACAUUGUUCAAAGUAGCCCUCGUAGUGGGAGCGCUAGGAGGCUCAUAAAAUCAGCCUUGCUAGAAGCAGCCAAGAAAAGAGAGAUGAGGUAUUCCGAUCUCAAGAAGAUCGACCGAGGUGUCCGUCGCCACUUCCAUGAUGACAUAACGGUCAUCAUACUCUACCUCGACUCGAGCCUCGUAAGCAGGGCGAGCACCCACAGGGGCCCUGCUGUUUCGCUAAGAGGCGCCGGCGUGAGCCUGCGCAGCAGCACGCUCGCACCUUAUGGGUCGCAGAUGUAA